UGGGGCGGGUGGGGGCGUGAGCUGGGUGCCCGCUCCGGUGAGCAGCUCUCAGCCUUUGGACCGCGGCCGCGAGGCGCUGGCCGCGGUGCUGAAGCCGCGCUCUCCGAGGAGACAGGAGGCGGGGCUCGAGCUCGGAGCUGGAGGGGGCGGACGGCCAGGGCGGCGCCAGCGGGCCCAAGACCCUGACGAGCCUGAGAGGAGGCAGGACUCGGGCAGAAGGCCACCGCGGACACGGGCCCCGGGCUACGCUUUCCCCCGAAGAAGCCAAGGUCAUCCUCCUUGUCCCAUCCUCUUUCCUGCACCAUGGCGGGGCCCUCACCUCGUGCCCUGACCUCAGCCUCCCCAAAUAAGACUGAGUAGUGACCUUCUGGGCCUCUAUCUGCAAAGCCGCCGACUUCCAGCCCACAGGCCCCAGCCCAGGGACCGGCGCCCUCACCAUGGUAAAGCUGCUGCCUGCCCAGGAAGCAGCCAGGAUCUACCAUACCAACUAUGUGCGGAACGCGAGGGCCGUGGGUGUGAUGUGGGGCACACUCACCAUCUGCUUCUCUGUGCUGGUCAUGGCCCUCUUCAUCCAGCCCUACUGGAUCGGUGAUAGUGUCAACACACCACAGGCAGGCUACUUCGGCCUUUUCUCCUACUGUGUGGGCAACGUGCUGUCCUCUGAGCUCAUCUGCAAGGGUGGCCCACUGGACUUCUCCUCCAUCCCCUCUAGAGCUUUCAAGACUGCCAUGUUCUUUGUGGCCUUGGCCAUGUUCCUCAUCAUUGGCUCCAUCAUCUGCUUCAGCCUGUUCUUCGUCUGCAACACAGCCACGGUCUACAAGAUCUGUGCAUGGAUGCAGCUGGCUGCUGCCACAGGCCUGAUGAUUGGCUGUCUGGUCUACCCGGAUGGCUGGGACUCAAGUGAGGUGCGGCGCAUGUGUGGGGAGCAGACGGGCAAGUACACGCUGGGCCAGUGCACCAUCCGCUGGGCCUUCAUGCUGGCCGUGCUCAGCAUCGGAGACGCGCUCAUCCUCUCCUUCCUGGCCUUUGUGCUGGGCUACCGGCAGGACAAGCUCCUCCCUGACGACUACAAGGCAGAUGGAAAAGAGGAAGUUUGAAGCAGCUGAAGGGUUGCAGAGAGCACGGCAGAGUCCUACUUCCUUCCUUGCCCUCAAAACCGCACAGCAUCUUGGAACAACACAGGAAGGAGGUCAGUGUAUUAGACAUUACAGUCGCUGGGUCCUAGGAGCACGCCGUGGAGAUGCCGCAGGUUUGGUUCCAGACCACUGCAAUGAAGUGAAUAUGUAAUAAAGCGAGUCAAGUGAAUUUUUUGGU